AUGACUCCCGACGGGGAUCACGACCGGUCAUCAACGACCCCCACGGCUGGCACCAAGUCAGUCUCGGGCGCAGACAAGGAAAAACCUCGCUUGACAGACCAGGAGAAGAAGAACAACCACAUCGCGUCUGAACAGAAGCGACGAGCGGCAAUUCGAGAGGGAUUUGAUCGACUCACAGAACUUGUGCCGGGGCUGGAGGGACAGGGGCGAAGUGAAAGCAUUGUUUUACAAAAGACCGUCGAGUUCAUUCACAUGAAGCUGCGGGAGCGCGAAGAUCUGAUCGCAGAGAUUGAACACAAGGGCGGUCGCGUGGAUGACUCGCUCCGGCCAUCAUAA